AUGGCGCAGGUGUUCCAGAUGUUUCAACUUACCCUCUUCUUUCUCGUCUUCGCCGGCGAGAUGCUGUUCGAAAAGAUGCUCAAGCUGCCAAUACCGGGCCUGGUGCAGGCGCUGAGCGGAAACAAGAUGGCCAGUUUCAUGAGUACUUAAUUCAAUUUGAAGAUUUGUGAUGUCAAAGCAAUGGUCGUAGCAACGUCGUGCUUGGAAUAAAAGCAAAAGCGAGAACGACAUUUCAUACAUUCGUAAGCUAGCGAAUAAAAACACACGCAUAAAUACCGUGGCGCCUCAUCUUUUGCGUAUGCAUCUUGACAAUGAAGAAAUUCAGUCGUCAGUUAAUUAUCUACACACCACAACAGUUAUCUGGCUUUUCGGAAACGUAGCCGCGUCCGCCUUUCUGCAAACCGGUGCGUUUGAGAUUUACUACCAGGACAAGGUAGCAUGGUCGAGUCUGGCAAAUAACCACCGCAUAUCAAAUGUAAAAAUGUCUGGGUCUGGAAGAAUGCGAAUUUGUCAUGCAUAUUUUGCAUGCCCCAAGAGGUCUGCAAUGCAGGACUUAGCAUGACAGGUUCUGUGAAGUCUCUAUCAUGUCUAUCCGCAUGACAAACUGCCGCUACACUUGUUCAAACGUGGACGCCUUUUGGUAAUCAUGCAACACAAAUUUCUGUACUAUCCAGACUUCGCGUGACAAGUUCCAACCUUCCAGACCCAGACAUUUUUACAAUCCAUACCGCAUGCCAAACUACCACGACAUCUUCUACGGGUGUAAACGGGUUUAUCCUGUGCAAAAGUAUCGUACUCGUAGUAAUCGCAGUCAUGCAUUACAAAUUCCCAUCCCAAGGUAAAACAGCAUUACAAAUUACAUUUCUCAUGCUGAGCCUAGGGCCAAGACGACACCGUGAGGACGACCACAGGGGGUCCGUCUCAAUGAUGAUGAUGAUGCUGAGCAAAUUUGUCAUGCGAUUUAUACUAGUACGAUGCUUUUGCAAUUCAUAGGGUUGGCCUGGAGUUGAUGCAGAGCGCAGUGCCGUAGUGUGAGAUGGCGGCUCUGCAGUCUUUCUACCAGAACUGGAAUUUCCCCUCCUAAUAAUCCUGCUACGUCUACCUCUACCCCGGUAGCGGAUAUGAAAGCGACAACAAGGGAUAGUACUUCUACCCCAACUACCCGUACCCCUCACCGCCCCAGAAGUGAAUCUCUUCUGACGACAUUCGUAUUUCAUGAUGCGCUAUCACAUCAGCAAUACAGCAACAGCACGCCAGAGACGACUUGUAGUGGAGAUCUCCCUUUGAGAAUACAGAUAAGGAGGCAGUGCUGACUCAUGCUGGCGGCAUCUUCCGGGGAAUUUUCGUCAGUAUAUCCUUUGACAAGCAUGACUACAAAAAAGUGUGACGCGCACAGACAGAGACAGACAGUGGGCAUAUGCUUAUGCCAGCUGUUUUGUUUCGGUUUCCGUGCGCUGAUUUUCAGCGAGUUUUAUGUUUCUUGUCAACACAACGGGAACGCCCCUGCGAAUCAUGCUGUAAAUGGUGGUGGUUUGCAAUGAAAUGUUGGACGAGGAAGAUGAAAAAUAAACGAAACAUAGCGACAACAAAAGCAAAAGGAAAAAACGCAAAAGACGAAAUAUGCAAGG